CCAUUUUCAGACUUUUAUCGCAGAGCUGAGCCCAUGCAGAUCGAAGUGAUUGAUCAAGAUCAACAUUAAUAUUGCAAUUGCACAUGCACGCAGAAACACGUCUCAUUAACGUUUUAACACUCGCUGUGUUAUGUAAAGUGACAUCCUCGUAUCGACAAGCCGUAAUAAUUCAUAAACUAACUUUCAAGGGAGGUUUACCGAUUGCGUAAUGAAUGCCCCAGAUGCCUCGUGUCGACCAGUUUAAAAUCUUCCACCUUGGUCUAAACUCAAACUGUGUCCUUCGUACCACCACACGUCGACUGCUUGAAGUAUUUGAAGUAUUUUGAAACAUGUCGGAACCAACAGCGGUACAACUCAAGGACGAGGGCAACGAUUUCUUUAGGAAGCAAGACUACGUCGGGGCAUUAGCAAAAUACACCGAGGCUAUUGCGCUGGAUGACAAGAACGCUGUUCUAUAUGCGAACAGGGCUGCAUGCCAUCAUGGGUUGAAUAGAUGCCUAGAUGCUGUUGAUGACGCAAAGAUGGCUACGCAGAUUGAUCCAGGCUAUGCAAAAGGGUGGUCACGACUGGCAGCAUCUCGAGACGCCCUCGCGGAGUGGGAGCGAAGUGCUGAAGCGUGGCAGAAGGCAUUGGAUGCACUCCCCAAAACUAACCUCAGUCGCGCAGAGCAGCGACAGAAAGAUCAAUAUAGUGCCGGUCUGGAUGCAGCCAAAACCCGUGACAAGACCGCAGAGAGCCCAUCUGUUUCUCGUUUCAAAGCCGAGGAUGCCAAUCUUCCUUGGAAAAUCGCGACGGAGAUGCUUCCUGAACUCCGGAAAGCGGGUCCCGAAAAAUACUCUAGCAGUGCUUGGGUGAUCUCAUAUGCAUACGAGGAAUUCACGAAAGGGGUGGCAUUUAUGAAUGAAUUCAAAUCAAUUCCUCACCCUCAAGCUCCAGGAGGCUUUGCCUAUGGCGGAAAUACGAUGGGCUUGACGUAUUUGACCAAUGGUUUGAUGCGUGACGAGCGCGCGUUCCAUCUAGAUGGCCCCGACUGGAUUACCAAGUACAAUAACCAAGUCAAAUUCGAAGCUACGGCUCGCCAAGCCUGGCACUCCGAUGGGGUCGAAAAUAUCAAGCAACUGGCACAGAAACGCCUGAAGGAAAAGGGAUGGAGUGAUGUACGCCCCGCUUUGUCGGUGACAGUUCGUGCAUGGAUAAUGAGGGGCAUGUUGGACGGCCAUCUGAGAAACAAACCUGACACCGGUGUUCAGUUUUUGAAACGGGCUGUCGAUUUGCUUGAAUGGGGACGAAAUGUUUGGAAGAAUGUUCACAAGGAUGAUCGUGGAGCGAUUUUCCAGGAUACGUUUUUGCGAGGCGUGCGUAGCUUGCACCUUAAGAUGUUUAUGAACGCUUACAGCGCCGAUCCUGGCUUGAACUCCAAGUUCCCCCUUGAACAUCUGAAAGAAGAAGCUGAAGACCUUCUCAAAGAGAUUGAUAUCAUGAAAGCAUCAAAUAACCUUAGUAAGGAGGAACUUGACCCUGGCAUGGUAUCGUCUUUCUGUAUAUAUCCUGCUGCAGUUGCUUAUACGAUGAUAGGAUUCUAUCAUGCACAGACAGCUCGGCACAGCGAUGACGUUCUCGCAUGUAUUAGCUUUGCGAAUGGGGCAAGUGCAUACUUGCAGGCAGCUGGAACGUACCCCGAGGACGACGAAUUCCAUGCAUUUUACUUGAGCUGCGCUAUGGAUUGUAUGCGAAAUGCCGGUCUCCCUAUUCGCGGCUUCAACCUAGCUGCCGUUACUUUACGGGCAGCCGUGCCCAAGAUGAUGAAGAUAUGGACGGUCUCUGCUCUGCAGCAAGGUGGACGAGACGAGAAAAUACAAGCAAACUUGCGCAGCGCAGAUGAGAUCAUGAAGCUUGUCGCUGAAGGGAAGUUGACACUGGAAGAUCCUGUGCCUUUGUGAUCAUUGGGAUUUAUGCAUUUUUAUACAUACUAACUCGUGUAAUUGUACUCUCUUGUGCUUUCUAUCAAAGUAUCUUUCACAGAAGAUAUGGGGACCCCCCU